GAGGCAUGUUGGACUGCAGGUCUUUUUAGUUCUAACUAAAACUAAAGUGUCUAAAAAAAUUGUUCCACUUUAGUUUUAGUUUGCACUUGGCCAGCAAGAAUAGAUUGUAUCCAGAGGUUUGGUCGUAUAUAACCUGAAGCCACACCACCAGGACAUCUACCACUAACAGUAUGGACAUUCCUGAUGAACAAAAGGGAGAUGAUCAAUCUGAGAAAAGUGUUCAGGAGUCUAUGGCACACAAACAGACAGAUAGUGAAGAACAUGCCUCUGUAGGAAAGAAAAACAUAGAAGAGGAGUUUGUUGGCACUCCUCUUGCUCCGGCUCAUUCUCUUUGGACCACUGAUGCCAAUGGCUCAGUAAGACUGAGAAUAGAGGAGGGAUGUCCAGAGGAACCUAUCACAGUUCACCAAAUGUUCAAAGCCUCAGUUGAAAAAUAUGGAAACAUGUACGCACUCGCCAGCAAGAAGAACGACAAGUGGGAAAAGAUAACCUUCUUAGAGUAUUAUCAAUUCUGCAGGAGAGCAGCCAAGGGCUUUAUAAAGCUGGGUUUAGAGCGAUUCCAUGGAGUGGCAAUACUAGGAUUUAAUUCAGCAGAAUGGUUCUUCUCUGCAGUCGGUGCCAUCAUGGCAGGGGGGAUAAUGACAGGAGUUUACGCCACAAACUCACCAGAAGCAUGCCAGUAUGUGGUUAGUGACUCCAAAGCCAACAUUAUUGUGGUGGAAAACCAGAAGCAAUUGGAUAAAAUCCUACAGAUACGUGACAGACUGCCCCAUUUGAAAGCCAUAGUGCAGUACAGUGGACACCCCCAAGAGAAGAUCUCCAACCUUUACUCUUGGGAGGAGUUCAUGGAGCUUGGUCUAGAUGUUUCUGAGGAAGAACUGGAUGAGAUCAUCCGCAGCCAGAGAGCCAACCAAUGCUGCAUCCUGAUCUACACCUCUGGCACCACAGGCAAGCCAAAGGGAGUCAUGCUCAGUCAUGACAAUAUCACAUGGACAGCAAAUCACGCCAGCAGGGUCGGGGACAUGCAGCCGGCCGACACUAAACAGGAGUCGCUAGUGAGCUACCUGCCUCUCAGCCACAUUGCCGCUCAGAUCUAUGAUCUCUGGACAGGCAUCCAGUGGGGUGAGCUGGUAUACUUUGCACAGCCAGAUGCCUUGAAGGGAAGCCUGGUAACAACACUGCGAGAAGUUUGUCCCACAUCCCACAUGGGUGUCCCACGAGUAUGGGAGAAGAUGAUGGAGAAGAUAAAACAGGGAAUUAGUGAGUGUGGAUAUGUGAAAAAGAAACUGGUGACGUGGGCAAUGUCAGUCAGUCUGGGAGAAAAUCAAAAGUGUAUGCAAAAGGAUGAUGAGAAAUCUUUCCUCUUUUUCCUGGCUGACAGCCUUGUGCUGCAGAAGCUUCGGGCCGAGCUUGGCCUGUCUUGCUGUCAGAAGUUCUUCUCUGGUGCAGCACCAAUCAGCAGUGAAACAGUGCAGUUUUUUCUGGGCCUGAAUAUCUGUUUGUAUGAGGCAUAUGGCAUGAGUGAGAGCACGGGACCUCACUUUAUGUCAGGUCCCAAAGCUUACAAACUACCAAGCUGUGGUAAGGUGGUGCCUGGCUGUCGAUACAAAAUGGCCAACAUAGACUCCGAGGGGACAGGUGAAAUUUGCUUUUGGGGACGUAACAUUUUCAUGGGUUUUCUCAAUAUGGAAGACAAAACGAGAGAAGCUUUGGAUGAAGAAGGGUGGCUGCAUUCUGGAGACCUGGGGAAGAUAGAUGAGGAGGGUUUCUUGUACAUCACAGGGAGAAUAAAAGAGUUGAUCAUCACAGCAGGAGGGGAAAAUGUUCCCCCUGUUCCCAUAGAGGAAGCAGUGAAGAAGGAGCUACCUUUCAUCAGCAAUGCCAUGCUCAUAGGGGACAAGAGGAAAUUCUUGUCAAUGCUUUUGACCCUGAAGUGUUGUAGCGAUACAGAAACUAUGGAGCCUACGGAGGAGCUGAGUACAGAGGCCACGGAGGUUUGCCGACAGCUCGGCAGCCAAGCAACCAAAGUGUCUGACAUCAUAGGAGGUAAAGACAAAGAAGUGUACCGGGCAAUUCAAGAAGGAAUCAACAGAGUCAACUCUGCAGCCACCUCCAAUGCCCAACGCAUACAAAAGUGGACUAUUCUCAGAAAGGACUUUUCUGUUGUUGGAGGAGAGCUGGGUCCCACAAUGAAGCUUCGUCGCCCUGUCGUGUUGGAGAUGUACCACAAGGUCAUCGACAACUUUUAUAAGGAAUAGAGUUCCUAGAGAAACUACUGUGUAGCUGUUAGUAUGUAAAUCACGUGUUACUUGCAUAUCUCAACAUUCUUGUGGACAUGCAUGGAAUUUAAUUAUAUGUGUCUUAUGUAUAGAAUGCGUAAAUAAUAGAGAAACCAUAUUUAAUUCUGAUAUAUGUAAGAGUAAAUAUUGAGGAUUAAUCACACUUACUAUGACAAUACUGAUACCAUUUUGAUGCAUCUUCUUGUAGGCUGAAAUAUUUUGUUUCUAAUUCAUAUUUGUUUCUUGUCAACAAUUUAUUUUACUGCUUUGACAUCAUACCAGAUACUUAACCCAUUAUUUUGUGUAAAUAUUUGGUGGUUCAGUAUACAGUUUAUACCAAUUCUGAUAAAAAAUAUGGACAUAACUUCAAUAACUGCAAUCGUAUCACAGGGUCAUCGU